AUGGUGACCUCAGAGUUACCUCCUUUCAGAAGUACAUUGAAGACCGUGACCUUGGUCUUUAAGAUACCUUAUUAUACGCAGUGGGGACAGAGCCUACUGAUUUCCGGCUCUGAACCGCUAUUUGGCUCUUGGGAUGUGAAACGGGGUCUACUUCUGAGUCCAGUACACAAGCCCGACGACCUUCUGUGGUGGGGAAAAAUUACUGUUGCCAGUGGCUUCAGGUCUGAAUACAGUUACUAUGUGGUCAACGAUGAUAGAAACGUCCUGAGGUGGGAGGCUGGACGGAGGCGUGAGGUAAUCUUGCCUGAAGGCACUCAAGAAGGUGUAGUGGAGAUAUAUGACCUUUGGCAGGUACUGGAAUUUUUUUAGAAUUAAUUUCUUAUACCAUUAUCCGUGUGUCGCUUUUCUUUGAAAUUUUUGGAAUGAAAUCAUUUCGAACUUCUGUAGGCCUCUUGUAGUUUUUAAGUCUUACCCUCUCCAUGUCUUCAGCAUCCUCUUACAUGUUCACUUGGUUACGGGUAGUUCAAUUGUUUAAUGAAACUUUGGUCAUCAGGGAAGGUUUGUUCAUCCAAUUAUGUCAGUUUCCCCAGCUCUUCGGAGUCCAUGGCAUCUGCCCACGACCCGCUGUUGCAGCUCGCUGCUUCAUACGGAGCAACCCCCGUCACCUCCAGCUGUUCCUCUUCCCCACCUCCCUGUCCUCAUCCCCAGGCAAUUUACUCUCUUGGGGAACGCUUUUGAUGGAGUCUGGUUCCGAGAUGAGGAUGGAAUCAGAAGAGGCGUAGUUUCAGGAACACCAAGGAAAUCUUGAUAGAUUGCAGGAAUUUAUAGUCAGAACUAGAGCUUGAUGAGGCGUGGGCCUGCAUUUCCGUAAAAUAUAUCUCAUUUGUACGUACUGCCUUUGAAAAUAACGACUCAAAGGAACCUCAUAGGCCGUCCUCAACCAGUUUUCAUGUGGAACAAAAAAUAAUAUUUCAUGUGGGAAAUGCAAGCUUACAGUCGUGCAUCAACAAUGAGACUCAGGUGCUCAAGGAAAAUGUUUCCCUAUGGAUACAAAUAUGUUUAUUUCUUUACAUUUUAAAAUCCUAUUCUAGCUUUCUUUUCUAACUCCCAGGCAUGGAGAUUCCUUGUCAUGUAUUCAAAAUAAUUAUUAUUUUUCGGUCAACUAGUAAUAAUUACUAGUUGUUGAUGUCAGUUGAUAUCGGAGUAAUAUUUCAGUAAAUUUAGGAUCCACGUAUGCUCAUCUUGUUUUAGGGACUCAUGUUAUUUUAUGAAAUAUUUUAACAUUACAAUUUUUAUCUUUUUUAGUCAUUGUUUCGAGUUUUUUUCUCGAUAUUUCAUCUAGGUGUUAUCUCUUCUUGGUAAGAUGGUCUACUACUGGUUCAAAUGAAAAUUUUGAUCAUCUGGUAUUUAGUUCCAUUUAUAAAUAUUCAGCAAAAGCCAGUCUAUUAGAACUGAGAUGCCUACCGCAAUAAUGUCCCUAGAUUAAUGAUAUGUAGCCGCACAUCUUCUGAAUGCUUUUCAAGGUAGUUGGCCCUAACCUUCUUUCUCAUAAACUUCUAGGCGGCCACAGAGACUCUCUUUUUCAGAAGUGCUUUCAAAAAUGUUAUCUUUGCUGAAGAAUGGUGUUUGGAAUCAGAAGAAGCCUCCGAAUACGAUUGUCAGAACCCUCAGAAAGAAGGUAUUACCCUCAGAAAAACAAUAUGGUUACUUCGAAAAAUUCGGGGUCUUAAUUGAUUUCAUUUUGUACCCUACCAUAGUAUAAUCACUUUCCUUUGUUUCACAGAAACAGGUUCAAUAGUUAUUCAAUUUAAGAUUUCUUGUCCAAGAAUAGAUGAAGGCACAUUGGUGAGAUAACUUGACUUAAUUGAUUAUAUCUACAAGUCUUUCAGGUCAUCUUUUUAUCCUUGUCAACCCUUGAUGGAGAAGUGGAUGUACAUCGUUUAUAAAUAACUUCCGGACAGGAGAGGGUUGAUCUUAUUUCAUCUUGUUGCUCUGAUAAUAUACGAUAUUAUGGUGCUACUCAUAAAUUUUAUCAUAUAUUCAAAAAUAAAUAAUAUAUUCUAGGAAAGACGGGUCAUGCAGACAUUAAUAGUUUCCUCUGCUUCUAACGUUUGCACAUUUGACUAAUUGAAUGUGGAGAAUUCUAUAGUUACAUUUUCCAUGUGUAAUUAUAUAUGGUAAUGGCUGCAAAAGUUCCAGAGAAAUGACAUUUUCGUAGAGAAAGGUCACUACUUCAGAAAGCUAAUUUUAAAAUUUAUCUCAAAUGAUGAUGAGAUGAGAAGUCCUUCGUUAACUAGAAAAACUAUGAUUGUUUGAAUUUACAUCCCAGAAAUUCCCUCACAACGGGUAAAAUAUUGCAGGUGUAUGUAACAGGAAACGCCUCUGAGCUAGGGCAUUGGAACGCUCAAAAUGGUCUGAGGCUUUUCUAUGUCGGAGGAUCAGUCUGGCAAGGAGAGUGCAUGAUGAGGAAGGAUGAUUUCCCGAUAAAAUAUCCUUUCUGUGUUUGUUCAUUUCAGAUACCCGUUUAUUUAUGAAAUUGCAGAAGCUGAUCCAAGGUUUUUAAUUCAACUUCCUUUUGUUAGCAACCCAUUUAUGUUCUUUUAUCACUCCAUGUCUCUUUUAUCCUUAACAUUAUUUUCACAUACAAGUAUAGCCAAAACAGAAAAUCUGGCGAUUCUUUGUUGGAAAUUGGUCAAAAUAGGGAGCUUAAACUUGACUUGACAGCUGGAAAUCCUCCGAAUUUCGUGUAUUUAUCUGAUGGCAGCUUCCGGGUGAAUUCUAAAUGCAUUAUUUUAAUCCGUCCAUUAUUCAUCCCGACUUUGUUAGAAGUUUGGACGUUAUUACUCGUCCAUUGAUCACUUCUCACGGUGAUAAUGGGGAGUCCAUACGCCGUUACUUGAUAUGUGGCAGGAGAUUCCAUGGAGGGGUGCUGGUGUAGCUGUUCCAAUGUUUUCAGUUAGAUCUGAAGAUGAUCUUGGUGUUGGAGAAUUUCUUGACUUGAAGCUACUGGUUGACUGGGCAGUAGAUUCUGGUUUUCAUCUCGUUCAGCUUUUGCCUGUUAAUGACACAUCCGUUCAUGGAACGUGGUGGGACUCAUACCCCUACAGGUAAUUCAGUUUUCCAUGGUAUUACUUUGGAGGUAGUAGUCUCUCACCAGCUCCACCUUACCCUUACACUUAAUCACCCCCUUCACAUCCUGAGCACCCGGGUUUCAUAAAGCCUGGGUACAUCCCAGCCUGUUGAAGCUGAUGCAACUGACAGAAAUGCAGAGAAAUGAAUUUAAGUUUGAAGAGCUCAAAGGUCAUGCCAUAUCUAGUUGAAAAUUAGGACUUACCAUUAAAUUAUGAUCGCUUGCCAAAACCACCCUCCUGUGGUGCCUUCACAAGGUGAGAACUGUUACACUAAAUGGCUCAAUGUGAGUUCUUCUAUGCCAUGAACAACAACUUGAAAGAACUUUAGCUAGAUGAACGCAGAUGCGAUGAUGAAUGAUAGUGAUGACUGUUCUACUGCCCAUGUACAUCUUUGACCAUCCAACUUCUAAACCUAUUCCCUUGGCAUGUUCAUCUUUGCUGAAGAAAGACGACAUUUUAACCAGGAUUACUGAGUUCCUCGGAGUCUUAAUUUUUGACUAGCGACGAAGAGGAACCUUAGAUAUUUAUCUGGUUCAUAGCAGGAAAAAAAAAAUGUAUUAUCAAAUCUAUCAGAAAUAACUUGAUAACGAAGAUAAAAUCUUGAGAAGUGCUUUCUAGAAUUCAUUUAGUCUGAUACAGCGUGGGGGGCCACCUUUUCAUUAAAUUUUUUGUUCGAAAUGUUCGUGUUCUAUUUCGGAUAUCCAUUGUGGUGUCCUGGUAUUUGCUGUAAUUAUUUAUUUGAUUUCCAGACGUGACCUUUCUUGUUUUUUAUUGUUUGUAUCGUAUCCAUUUAGGUUGACAAUUCGUCAACGACAGUAGUUGCAUGUUACAUCAUGAUUUUAGUCUUUAAGAUUAUUAACAAAAUGAAACUAUAUCAAAAGUUGUUUUGAUAUAACCAUCUAUAGGCUCCUUAGAAAAGUUGUUCUUCCUUUUACUUGCAGUUCUCUCUCUGUAUUUGCACUACAUCCGUUAUACUUGAGACUCGAAGCACUUUCACAAAAUAUUCCAGAAGAGGUUAAGGUACCAGAUCUAAGACAGUUUGUGAUUCGGUGCUUGUUUUCCGGUGUAAAUAAAGUUUACGAAGAUGUACCUGACAGAAGUUUUAUACUUUAGUUUCUUUGAUGCUUCUUUUUGGCAUUAUAUUGAGAGUGUACCUUUUUUUGCAGCAAGAGAUCUUCAUAAAAAAGGAAGAGCUGAAUGGACAGGUAUUCUCUCUUAGUGGCUAUGCGUUUACCUUUCAACAGUAGCUGUUGUCUCAACAUGGUCAAAGACGAUGUUUCCUUGGUUUUGUUACCAUAAGCAUGGUGUACCAGUAUCUAUGAUUUGCUUAGAAGUUGUUACAUGUUUUUCUUUGAUUAUACCAUAUCAUGCAUUUGUUAUUGCGGCUUUUGAGAGGGUUUUGGACUUGACGUAUACACAGAUGCAGUGUUGGAAUAUAUGUAGCGCUGAGCUGGUUAAAUAUAUAUUAUUUCCAAACACUACCUAGAUUUAACGCUAAAUAAUUUGUAUAAGUUGUGAUGCUUGGAUGUUAUUCUAUAGGAUUUAUUUAAAUAGUCUAAAACGUUAUUUACUGUCUUGGAUGAGCUCAGUCUAAAUCGUACAAGUUUAAAUAGGUCUGUCAAUGAAAGUUAAUUUAAGUUAAGGCAGUUAGAUCCGACUGACUUGAACUCAUAGCACGUGAGUCAACGUGAUUCCUUGAACAAGUUUGAGAUAAUUACAGAACAUGACUAGUGACCAUGAAAUUCGUGGAAACAUUAGUGGGAACCUUUCUCAAACAUUGAGAGGCUUCAUGAAUAUUUAUCUUACACUUGGCAAAGUGAUCUUUUUACUACUUAUUGCAGUCUAUUCAUGGUGAUCAUUAAUUUUGUUCGACUGUAAAACAGAGCGUUGACUAUGAAGCCACCAUGGCAACUAAACUGUUCAUUGCGAAGAAAAUAUUUUCUCUGGAGAAGGAGACGAUACUUAGCUCAAGUUCAUUCUUGAAAUUCUUUUCCGAAAAUAAGGUAAACAUAUGUUUCCUAAUUUCAAUUCUCUAAUUUUCCUAUUUCAUUGAUUAUCAAGUUUAAGGCUGAAGUUUUCAAGAAAAUAAGCCUGGAUUAUAAUGUAAACAGGAAUGGUUGAAACCCUAUGCAGCGUUUUGUUUCCUUAGGGACUUCUUUGAGACAUCAGACCACAGCCAAUGGGGACGUUUUUCUAACUAUUCUGAGGAAAAGGUACCGCAGGUUCUAUUUGAUAAACCUUGAAAUAUAUCCUUUGAUAACCUCUAUAAAUUUCUUUUUUUCAGCUUGAAAAGAUUUUGUCCAAGGAUAGUCUGCAGUACGACAUUAUUUCUUUCCAUUACUAUAUUCAGUUUCACUUACAUCUACAGGUAUGUAUGCAUAUCUGCUUACAUGGUAGAGGUAGAAACCUCUUCUAGAUGUUAAGCAAGGUCGUCCACUUUACCUUUAGAAUUUGUUUGCUUAUAUUAAGUCAUUUUCUAUGGAUAGCUGUCAGAAGCCGCAGAAUAUGCAAAAAAGAGAAAGGUAGUCCUGAAGGGAGAUUUACCAAUAGGUGUAGAUCGGAAUAGUGUGGACACAUGGGUUUAUCCAACUUUGUUUCGAAUGAACACAUCUACAGGAGCACCUCCAGAUUUUUUUGAUAAAAAUGGACAAAAUUGGGGCUUCCCUACAUAUAACUGGGAAGAAAUGUCAAAAGAUAACUAUGCAUGGUGGCGUGCUCGUCUGACACAGGUGCCAAUGAUCACUUUGACUCUUCUUUUUACGAAAUUGGUCCUACAUAUUUUUUUUCUCACCCUUUUUCUCCUCUCUUGACAUUGCAGAUGGCAAAAUAUUUCACUGCCUAUCGGAUAGAUCACAUCCUGGGUUUUUUUAGAAUAUGGGAGCUUCCUGAACAUGCAAUCACUGGUUUAGUGGGAAAAUUUCGACCUUCAAUUGCUUUGAGUCAGGUAUUUGUGUGUUUCGUUAAUUCACUCCAAUAGAAAAAAAAUUAUGGCAAGUCUCCUCAAUGUGUGUGAAAUUUUGUCUUCCCAAAUAUGUUUUUAUGAAUUAUCCGAUUUAGUAGGAAGGUGGUCAAAUGAUUUCAAUUGGGCCUUUUUAUUCGUCACGUAUCCUACCACAAGCUCAUUUUCUGUGUGGUACCAAAUGUCAUGGAAUAUGUAGAAUUUUGCACUGUGUAUAUUUUUUGUUCUCUAUGUAAAGAAAAUUUUUGUACUCCCACUACAGGAUGAGCUUGAGAGGGAGGGAAUAUGGGACUUUGACCGGUUAAGUCGUCCAUAUAUUAGACAAGAGACACUACAGGUUAUUAUUUUCUUACGAAGAUAUUAUUCAUUAUGAGUUAUUGUAUUCAUUUAGGAAAUGCAUAACUUUUUUAUGACUUGUUUCAGGAUAAGUUUGGAACUUUCUGGCCGGGAAUUAUUGCACAUUUUUUGGAUGAAAAUCCAAAUCACUGCUUCCAGGUGAGGUAGCAUCAUGAUGGAAACUACUCAAGAUUUUUCUUUCUGCAGUACGGCAGUUAAAGACAGGCGUUAAACUUUCAUAGUAGAUAUGUUAGAGCCAUGUAUGCUAGGCCUUGUAUUGUGCACUCGUUGAAAUUUCUCUCAAGCCCUUAUUCUUUGGCCAUUUGGAAGUCAUCUCGUUGUUGAUAUAUAGUCUGGGGUACUGAGGAUGACUGAAUUACAACUCUUAUCUUUCUCUGCUAUACCUAUUAGAUUUCUGAUUUAGGAUUUCUCAAUCAAUUGACUAUAAGCUUUUAGGGGUUGUGUAAAAAAAUUAUGGAACUUCGGGAUUUCUCUCUCAUUGAUAAUGGAAGGCUUCCAUAAGAUGAAUGUUCUCAAUUGAUCAAAUUCGAAAAUAGAUGGGAAUAUGAAUGUGAUAUCUCGAAAAAGAGUCUUCACAAAUAAACAAAAAACAGAAGCAAUAGAAUCUUCUUCAUUCACCUUAAAAGGUUUGAUGCAUGUCAUCAAAGCUUGAUGAUACCCGGCCAAAAACUGCAAUGCACCUAAUUUCAAGAAAAAAAACUGUCCUCUAUGAUCCAUCUGGUAUUUAAGUCUGCCGAAGUGGUGUGUAGGCUAGUCUCUGAAUUCCAGUAAACCAAGGUACUGUAUAUCUUCCUGCUAGAUAUGAAGUCCGGGUACUAAACCAUGCACAUUUUUUUCCAGUAACGGGAAUGGGCGUAUCCUUAUCUAUUUAUCUUAUUACAUUCUCAAAAAUGUACUCUGCAUGAAUAGAACAUUGAAAUCAUGUGUAAACUGAUGAUAAUAUUCAUUAUUGCUUCAGAGUUGUGUCGACCUCACACUUUCAUAUACGAACAAUAUCUCAUUAUUACGUAUAUUGAUUAUUGAAAACUAAGACGUAUUGUUUCGAUAUCUCUCUUCAACUCUGACGUAUUUAUUAUUCAUUUGACACUUUAAUAUUAAUAGUUGAAGUAUAUUUCUCCAAAGUGAAGAUGGUUUAGUCCAUUUAGAAUUUAAUAAUUUUAUUGCUUGUGAAUUAUGUGUUUGUGUGUCCUAUAGAUCUACCCGUUGUAGAUUGGAGACUGGAAACAAAUAUUAAAAAGAAACAGUUGCUUUGUUAUCAUAUUGACUUUGUGGUCUGUAUAUUUUGUAAUGCAAUUCGAAAUAGGAAAGUCCUCAUAUCCUAUGUUGAAACUGAAUACUUGAAAUUCAGCCACUAGGGUCGGUUAGAUUUCUUCUUUCUCGUUCUUGUAAAAAUUGAGAGAAAUGAAUUGUUGACCAUAAGGAAAGUUUUCCGUUAGCAUGAAAGCAUAUUUAUAUGGCCAUAAAGGUUCAUUUGAUUAUCAUACUUUCUAUGAUAAAGUAUAAACAACAAAACAUAAGCAUAAAUAAUCAUAACCUGUAUUUCGGACAUCCAUAAAAUAUGUUCAAAUUUAUAGAGCGUCUUAAUUAUGGUGCAAUUUCAAGGGUUUAUAAUUUCUUAUGCAUGAAUUAUAAAUUUAACUGGUUAUUAAGAACCAAAAAUAUGCUAGUAUAUGCACAUGGAAUUGCGGCAAUCCUUAGAUUUUCGUAAACAUAUCAUUUGAUCUUGGAACUUUUGUGUUUUGUUAAGAAUUGCGGCAAUCCUUUAACAUAUCAUAUUUAUGUAUUAUUAUUUUUAUAGAUAUAAUUCACAAAAGCAAAGUUCAUGUUCCUAGGUGUAUUAAUUUUUAUAGAUAUUAUUCACAAAGUGAAGAUUCCGUUCCUCAUGCAAUUUAUUGUCAUCAAGAAAAUAUUUUUAUUGAUAAUUGUUUUCUUAAUUUAGUUCAAGGAUCAGUGCAACACAGAAAAAAAGAUCGUGGCCAAAGUUGAGACAGGCACCGGCAAGUCACUGUGGCUGGACAGAAAGGACAAGAUACUGCGGGGUCUCAUUGAUCUCCUCCAGGUACAGCCUGGUGAAACCGACUCUCCAAGUGUCUCCAGUGAUUGGCAAACUUUUUCUGCAUCUCAUCCUUCUGCAACCUCCUCUUGUGCUCUUCAGAACAUAGUUCUUAUCAGAGACCCAGAAGAUGGAAGUAAAUUUUAUCCACGUUUUAACAUGGAAGAUACAUCAAGUUUCAGAGACCUUGAUGAACACUGGUGGGCCCCCUUCGUCGCUCUUUCCUAAUUUCCAUUCUGCUUGAAUCCUCAUAUCAUAUAUCUCAGUGUUAAUUUCAAAGGAAUAUUGAUUCAUACCUUGGCUUGGUCAUUUAAAUCACCAGAGGAUCAAUUUUGAUUGCCUAAGCUAGCCUUGGUAAUGACAUUGAUCAUCUUCUGGAUUUCUUUUGGGUUAAUUGAUCUAUGGUUUCGUUGGGGCACCGGAGGGGUCACCGUCAUCAAAGAAAAUUCUUUAUAGAGAAAGAUUUCUUUAAUUAGGAAAAUCCAACGAAAUCUGUUUCUCAGCUUUUUGCAUACCAUUUUUGUGAUUCACUUCAAUUUUCUCCCGGGCUCUUUCUUGAGUAGCAAAAACGUCAUGAGGAGACUGUACCAUGAUUACUAUUUCUGUCGCCAAGAUGAGCUCUGGCGCCAAAAUGCUCUCAAAACCCUGCCUGCCCUGCUGAACUCUUCAGAUAUGCUGGCAUGUGGGGAAGAUCUCGGCUUCAUUCCUUCCUGCGUUUACCCUGUGAGACUCUACUUCUUCCUAUUUCCUCUCCUGAUUGAGAAACUUAUGUCCCUCCAUGACCACCAUGCUCCUGGACAGGUUAUGCAAGAGCUGGGCUUAAUUGGUCUGCGUAUCCAAAGAAUGGCGGCCGAACCAGGUGUCGAGUUCGGCUUGCCUUCUAACUACAACUAUAUGACGGUUUGCUUCCCCCAUCAUCUCAUCUCGCUAUUCUCAUGAUGUUAGAUAUUUUGCCUGUGGUAUACCAUAGUGACCACAUCUCAGCCAUAAAGCUUUCAGAAGCUGCAAGGAACAUUUGACAAACUAAUUCUAAUUUAAGAAAAAGUCAUCCAUUGACGCAGGAAGCAGCGAUAUAAAUCGAGUAAAAGAACUCUUUCUGAUUAAUUUCAUGCAAGCCUCUGUGAACCGACCCGCAUUGUUUGAUAUAACAGGUGUGCGCCCCAUCAUGCCAUGAUUGCUCCACCAUGCGAGCUUGGUGGGAAGAAGAUGAGGAGAGAAGGUUUCGCUUUUAUAGGACUGUAGUGGGAUCCAACCAGGCGCCGCCCUCACGGUGUAUCCCUGAACUAGCCCAGUUCAUCCUCCGGCAGCACUUUGAGUCACCCUCAAUGUGGGCUAUCUUCCCCAUUCAGGUACGAAACACAAUUCCCCCAUUCGUAGCAUUCUAAUUCAUAUAAGAUCUUGACCCCUCAUCAUCAUCCUACAUUAUCUCAGACUUUCGUUUCAUUUUUAAGCAUUGAAGGCUGAGCCAUCCUCAUCAUCUAAGAGAAGAAUAAUGUUGUGUAACUGCCCAGGACUUGUUGGCGUUGAAAGAAGAAUAUACUACCCGUCCUGCAACAGAGGAGACGAUAAAUGACCCAACAAACCCAAAGCACUACUGGCGAUUUCGUAAGUAAAUCCUUUUCAAAAUUUCUUGAUCUUGCCCAGUAUAUCAUCAGAUGCUUGUUCAUGGGUUUACUCUGUUCCUCUAUUCUUCUCCCUCCUAUAGUCCAUGAUAUAAAGACAUAUAUAUGUAGAGAAAGAGAGAGAGAGAGAGCUUACUCUUCCAACUAGCUACGUGUCAGCAAACCAUUCAGACAGCGCAUGCAUCCAACUAGCCUCAUUGUCGAACAACUGUUUAAAUCGAUAACCUCGCGUUUUUUCUUUUUUGGGUCUGAGAAUUAAUGAGGGACAAAUUUCUCCUGUAAUUUAAUCAGUAGCAAAGGACUGAAAUGGUAGAUCACUAAUUAAAGCAACAAAGCAACAACUUCAAUAGCAACAACUGGGAAUAAAUUCCUGAUCUUUAAAUUAGAAUGUUUCCCCAUCUUGAGCGGUUUGAGCUAUCAUUUGAAAGGAUUCCAUGGGGUUUGCCUCUGAGAUUUCGUCUUGACAUUUUUGUCCGUGGUCAGGUGUGCAUGUGUCCCUGGAGACUUUACUGGGCGAUGAGGAACUGAAAGGGACCAUAAAGGAUCUCGUCAAGGAGAGUGGAAGAUCGUAUCCUGUCAGAGAUCAAGUCAAAGAUCAUGAGGCAGGUGGGAGAACCGUGCAUUCAGACGCUGAAUGUAAGAAGCAAAUCCAGAAUGGGUUGGUGAAAAUCCCUCUUCAAGUCAAUGUUCAAUCAGAAUGA